AUUUAUUGUCUGUUCUCACGAUCAUGUUAUCUGCGAUAACUUAUUUUGACAGUUUGACAGAUCAAAGUGGGAAAAGGGACCUUAAAGGAACCGACCUUUCAUAUUUUCACUUAUAAACAAACUUUAAUACUCGAUUUUAUGUUACUUAAAGCUGAGUCUCUGUUUGAUAAAAUUCUUAAAGCUCAAAGAUACCUACGUAUUUCCAAAAUGGCAAAAAGCUCCUUCGAAUACGUGAAAAAGUUUGAACUGGAUGAUACAUUACUACCAAACACAUGGAUAGUUGUGAGACUUGAUGGGAAAUGUUUUCAUAAAUUUGCCGACGAUCAUAACUUCAAAAAACCGAACGAUUUAAGAGCUUUAAAGUUAAUGAACUACGCUGCUUUUAGUGUAAUGCGAGAUUUUAGUGAUUUGUUAAUGGGCUUCGGGCAAAGUGACGAGUACUCUUUCGUUUUUAAAAAGCAAUGUAAUCUGUACAAGAGACGUGCUGCAAAACUUUUGACUACAAUUACUAGUAAAUUUUCAACUUCAUAUGUUUAUUAUUGGAAAAAGUUUCUAGGCGACCAACAAUUAUUGUAUCCCCCUUCAUUUGACGGCCGGAUAGUAUUGUAUCCCAAUGAGGACACCUUGAUAGACUACAUGAAGUGGCGACAAGCAGACGUUCAUAUAAACAAUUUAUAUAAUACUACAUUUUGGACAUUAGUUCAAGAAGGAAAUCUCAGUCCUACCCAGGCGGAGAAACGUUUAUGUGGCACAGUCUCAGCAGAUAAAAAUGAAAUCUUGUUCAAAGAGUUUAACAUAAAUUAUAACAAUGAACUAGAAAUAUUUAAACGUGGCACACUUUUAUUGAGAAAGAAUGUAAAUAUUGAUGAUUCAGACAAAUGUUCCACAAUAAUAGUAGAUGUUCAUGAUGACAUGUUGAAGGACAGUUUUUGGAGAGAUCAUAAAGAUUUAUUUACCAUAAAAUCUAAGCAGUAUUUUAUAUACAACGGACCUAUAACAGAAAUCAUAAAUGCACAAUUAUGUGACAGAAUAACUGUAAUACCAGAAGUAACAUCAAGUUAAUUAUUUAUUAAAUGUUUUUAUUACUUGU